UGCUCCAGCACGCCCGCGACCCUAGUGAGGAGAAGCGGCUCAGAAAAUGGAUGGAUGGAUAAUUAACCUAACAUGGUUUUUGUAAUGUGGGAGGAAGCGCAAUUACGCCUUCCAGUCACUAGGUAGCACUGUGGCCAACAGUAUGACGAAGACUAAAUACAAAGAUAUAUGUAAAAGUCCGAUAUAAACAUCCAAACAUAUAAAAUAUAUGAGCUUCAAAAUAACACAAGGUACAUAAUACAAGUAUAAGGCACAGUAGACACGUUGGCAAUGGAAAUUGCAACAUGUUGUAUGGAAAUUGCAAAUGGAACACGUGAACACAAGCCACAAAUUCGCGUGACGCUGGGUCACGACAGCCAAUCGGCGUCGACAGUACACUGCGUCACACACGGCGCCGAGCAGUUGUUGAGUGGACAAUGGAAGAUAAAAUUAUUGUCGCUGUUUGUGCGCACCCGGAGCUAUAUGAUAGCUCUUGCUUCCACUACCGGGACCGUACACAGAAGGAGCAAGCCUGGAGAAUGGUGAGCGAGAAAGUUGGCGUAUCUGAAGAUAUAUGCCGCAGGAAAUGGAAGGGCCUCAGGGACACAUAUUUGAGGGACAGGAAGAAGGAACAGGAGAAGAAGAGUGGCUCAGUAGCAGGGCCACUGAAGAGGUGGAAGUACUCUGCGGGCCUAUCUUUUCUCGACCCCUUUGUGUCUCCGAGAGAGAAUACGAGCAGCAGUAGUAACAUCGGGCAUGGGGUCGAGGAAGACCUGGCAGCAGAGGACAGUGAUGCAGGAAUGGCACAGGAAGCGGCUCCUCCCGAAGCGGCAGGGCCAUCAGUUGACACGGGAGAUGAACCGGAUCUGUCAGGUGAAGUUGAACAGGAGGCUCCAGCUGCCACCCCUGCAAAAAGACCACCUGUGGGAAGGAGGAGAGGUAAAAAGAACGCUGCAGGGAACGUGAAGGAGAGGGAGAUAGAGGAGCACUUACUUCAUUUGUUGAGACAGCGUGCCAACUCUGCUCCAGCCCUCCCACCCUCAGAGGAUGAGCUGUUCUUUAAAAGCCUGGUCCCUUCCCUGCAACGAUUGCCAACCCACCAGAAGGAACAUGUCAAAUUUCAAAUUCAUAAAUUAAUUUAUGACGCCACCACCGUAACGCUAAAUUUUUAACAAUUGGAAUAAAUGUGGCGGUACAGUGACCGACUGGUUAGCACGUCUACCUCACAGUUCUGAGGACCCGGGUUAAAAUCCGACCUCGCCUGUGUGGAGUUUGCAUGUUCUCCCCGUGCCUGCUUGGGUUUUCCCCAGGUACUUCUGUUUCCUCCCAUAUCCCAAAAGACAUGCAUGGUAGGUUAAUGAAAGACUCUAAAUUGCCCAUAGGUGUGACUGUGAGUGCGAAUGGUUGUUUACAUCUGCACCGCGAUUGGCUGGCGACCAGUUCAGGGUGUACCCUGCCUCUCACCUGAAGAUAGCUGGGAUAGGCUCCAGCACGACCGCGACCCGAGUGAGGAUAAACGGUACGGAAAAUGAAUGAAUUCAUUAAAAGAAUAAAUGUCUGGGUGACAAUCUUUGCUGGGAUUGACAAGAUUCAUGGCUCCAACACGAGAGAUGUCUGUUGAAACAAAGGAAUUAUAAAACUUCAAGAAGGUAAAAUGUCACGAAACGUUGCAAACGUUGAUGUUGGUUGUUCCUAGGAAGCAUGGUGGAGGACUAGUUACACAUCUGCCUCACAGUUCUGAGGACCGGGGUUCAAAUCCCGGCCCCGCCUGUGUGGGGUUUGCAUGUUCUCCCCGUGCCUGCGUGGGUUAUCUCCGGGCACUUCGGUUUCCUCCCACAUCCCAAAAACAAGCAUGGUAGGUUAAUUGAAGAAGAAACAACCAUUCACACCUACGGGCAAUUUGGCCCGUAGGUGUGAAUGGUUGUUUGUUUACACGUGCCCUGCGAUUGGCUGGCGACCAGUUGAGGGUGUACCCCGCCUCUCGCCCGAAGAUAGCUGGGAUAGGCUCCAGCACCCCCGUGACCCUAGUGAGGAAAAUGGAUAGGUGGUUGUUCCCAGUCUGUCGUGUUUAAAAUGUGGACCAAGUACAAACUAAAUGGCUAGGUUGCAAAAGAGAAGUGUCCUGGUAGACCAAGGAAGACCUCAAGAUAGAAAACUUAAAGCAAUAUGUCUUGAAACUAGAAAAUGCACAACAAAACAAAUGAGGUACAAAUGGACAGAAACUGGAUUCGACGUCUGUGCCCGAACCGUAAAAAACUACCUAAACGAAAGCCAUCAAUAACACCUAAACAGAAAAAACAAGGCGACAGUGGGCUAAAGAAAAUAAAUUGUGGACUGUGGAUGACUGGAUGAAAGUGAUGGCGAUGAAUCGCCAGUCUGCAUUGGGCAAGGUGAUGAUGCUGGAACUUUUGCUUGGUGCUGUUCCAAUGAGAAUUAUGAAGAUGACUGCCUGAAGAAAACAUGCACAUUUCCACAGUCAUUGAUGAUAUGGGGCUGCAUGUCAGGGAAAGGCACAAAGGAGAUGGCAGUCAUUACAUCUUCAAUAAACGCAGCUGUUUCCAUUGAGAUUUUCGAUACUUUUCUGAUUCCAUCGAUUGAAAGGAUGUUUUGGGAUGACAUUUUUCAAGCUGAUAAUGCAUUGUCGCAUAGAGCAAGAACUGUAAAAACCAUCCUUCAAGAAAGACAUAAUGUCAAUAUCAUGGCCUGCAAAUAGUCUGGAUCUCAAUCCAAUUGAAAAUCUGUGGUGGAAAUGAAAUAAAAUGGUCAAUGACAAAGCUCCAACCUGCAAAGUUGAGCUAGUAACCACAAUCAGAGGAAGCUGGAGACAAAUUGAUGAAGAAUACUGAUUGUUACUGGUUAAGUCCAUGCCUCAGAGACUGCGAGCUGUUUUAAAACCAAGAGGUGGUGGAACAAAGUACUAGUGGUGUAGUCUUGUAAUUCUUUUUGUUUGUUUUUUUGUGAUUUUUUUUCCCCCUCUACUUGCUCUAACAAAACUAUUUUCUUGCUUUUUUUUAUUUAAGCCAGAAGGGUGUUGUUUUGAACAAAAGUUUUUUUUUGUUUUUUUUUUUGUGUGGAGCAUCUGUGAUUUGCCAGUUUUUCCUUCAAAAUUAAAAUUUUUAAUAAUCAUCCUCCAGGAGAGGUGAUUCUGUAAUUUUUUGCCAGAGAUUGUAAUUGUUUUUAUUAAAUCUAUUUUUCUAUUA